GGAAGGUCGUGGCGCGGGCCAUCCGGCUGGAAGAAGACUCUGAGCUUGCGGAUCAGGCCCCGCCCGAGAUGCGGACUCCGAGGCCAUAUGCCCAGACUUCUCCCAGGCUGCCCACAUAGAAGACGCAGAGACGGAACUGGAAGACUGUGUGUUUUUCCACUCCGUGUCCGUGCCAAGUGGAGUAGCUAGAACAAGGAGGGAAGAAACUUCCUGUCAACAGGCACUGGAGUGGCCAGCUCUUUACAGCUAAAGAGAGCAGAGGGCGCUGGUCCAGCCCCAAGGGGCCCGAUGGCUGGCAGAUGGCUGGAUCUGCGCUGGGCGCCUGGCUUCCUCUGUGUGCCUCUGAUAAUGGAGACAGUGUCUGCGGCCAGAGACUCAUCCACAAAAACCCUCGAGCACAUUCAGUUUGCAGCCCGAGGUGUCAACCAGACUGCCAAGGCAGACUGCCGUGCCGUCUGUGGCCUGAAUGUUUCUGACCGCUGCGACUUUAUCAGAGUGAACCCCGACUGCCACAAUGAGGGGGGCUACCUGGACUACCUCGAGGGCAUCUUCUGCCACUUUACCCCCAACCUCCUCCCUCUGGCCAUCACCCUUUAUGUUUUCUGGCUACUUUACCUCUUUCUGAUCCUGGGAGUCACCGCAGCUAAGUUCUUCUGCCCUAAUUUGUCAGCCAUCUCAACCAAUCUCAAGCUCUCCCACAACGUGGCAGGUGUCACCUUUUUGGCCUUUGGGAACGGUGCCCCAGAUAUCUUCAGCGCCCUUGUGGCCUUCUCAGACCCACGCACUGCUGGUCUGGCCAUCGGGGCUCUGUUCGGCGCAGGAGUGCUGGUCACCACUGUGGUGGCUGGAGGCAUCACCAUUCUGCACCCCUUCAUGGCUGCGUCCAGGCCUUUCCUCAGGGACAUCGCUUUCUAUAUGGUGGCUGUGUUUCUGACCUUCACUGCACUCUAUCUCGGCAGGAUCACGCUGGCCUGGGCACUGGGUUACCUGGGCCUCUAUGUGUUCUAUGUAGUCACGGUCAUUUUCUGCACUUGGGUCUACCAACGGCAGCGGAGCAGGUCUCUGGUCCACUCUGUGCCUGAGACACCAGAGAUACUGUCUGAUUCCGAAGAGGAUCAGGUGUCUUCCAACACCAACAGCUAUGACUAUGGCGAUGAAUACCGGCCUCUGUUGCUGGGUCAGGAGACCACUGCCCAGAUCCUGAUCCAAGCCCUGAAUCCCUUGGACUACAGGAAGUGGAGGACCCAGUCAAUGUCCUGUAGGCUCCUGAAGGUGGCUAAGUUGCCUGUGGAGUUCUUGCUGCUGCUCACAGUACCUGUUGUGGAUCCCGACAAGGAUGAUCGGAAUUGGAAGCGGCCACUCAACUGUCUGCAGCUGGUCAUCAGCCCCCUGGUCCUGGUCCUGACCCUGCAGUCAGGCGUCUAUGGCAUUUAUGAGAUUGGCGGCCUCCUUCCUGUCUGGGCUGUGGUGGUGAUCGUGGGCACAGCUCUGGCCUCAGUGACCUUCUUUGUCACAUCUAACAGAGAGCCCCCUAGACUGCAUUGGCUCUUUGCUUUCCUGGGCUUCCUGACCAGUGCCUUGUGGAUCAACGCAGCUGCCACUGAGGUGGUGAACAUCUUGCGGUCCCUGGGCGUGGUCUUCCGUCUGAGCAACACUGUACUAGGUCUCACCCUCCUGGCCUGGGGGAACAGCAUUGGAGAUGCAUUCUCGGAUUUCACACUGGCCCGCCAGGGCUACCCUCGGAUGGCCUUCUCCGCCUGUUUUGGUGGCAUCAUUUUCAACAUCCUGGUGGGUGUAGGACUGGGCUGCUUGCUGCACAUCGUCCGGAACCAUGCUGCAGAGGUGAAGCUGGAACCGGACGGACUGCUGGUGUGGGUGCUGGCCAGUGCCCUGGGGCUCAGCCUAGUCUUCUCCUUGGUCUCCGUCCCGCUUCAGUGUUUCCAGCUCAGCAAGGCGUAUGGCUUCUGCCUGCUCCUCUUCUACGCCAGCUUCCUUGCUGUGGUCCUGCUCACGGAAUUUAGGGUGAUUCACUUGAAGAGGGUCUGACUGAAGCUGCUCGGCCUGAUGGUUUAGGGGUGAUUCUCCUACCUCCUGAUAGGAGAAGUGGAGGUGGGGGGCCUCUGCGGUUCCCAUGGGGCUCCAGGGAAGGUGGUGUGUCCUGACUACCAGCACCCAGCAGCCUGAGUGUGGGGACUUGAAGCUGGCUUUGCUGGGGACCACCCCAUUCCCCAUUUGAAUGACUGCAGAGGUCUUGGGGAGGGCAGCCUGUCAGCCCCCGUCACUUCUGGGCUUUGGGCAGCCCUGUGCCUCCCUCUUAAGCUCUUCCAUGGUCCGCAGCCUCAGCUGAGACCUGCAUCAGUGCUGGCUGAACAGAGCCAGUGGGUCGUUUCUCAGCCUCCCAUGUAGUGUUACAGUCAGAAGAAACAGGUCAAGUUAUCAGUUGUGCACGGUACUGUGCCAGGUGGCUCAAAACCACCUGGAUCCUACCCUACCUGGUGAGUGGCAGCCACAUUGGGCCGUGGAUCCAGGUUCUUCUAGAACUUUCUGUUCAGAACUCCCUGGCUCCCCAACCUACAAAACAGGAGCCAGCCUGGGUCCUGUGCCUACCUCAAGGGGAGCCAGGGGCAGAGCCUCGCCACAGGGGCUUCUUGCAAGUGGUGUGACUGGCCUUUUAAAAAUGCCACUCACUCCCUGACCGCUUUUAGCUGAAACUUGAUUGUUUUUGGUCCCCUACCCCCACCAAAAAAAGAAAAAGAAAUAAAAGACAAGCUAUUUUAAG